GCCUAUAGCAAGAAAGUUGACAAAAUUAUUAAUAGUGUUAAGCGACGCCAAAAAGACGCCCGCCAUCGUGAGAUAUUUGAAAAAGCAUUUCCUGAGGUUAAAAAGAUUCGGGAAGAUCGAGAACGUGGCUUGGAAGCAGCUCUUCAAGCCUCCGGUGGUGGCAAUGUAACUUCCAUAAAUAGCGCAACUAUAACCUCAAGCUCUAUCAGUUCUAGCUUCAAUUGCAUAGAAGCAUCGCCUAAUUGA